AUGCUCGAUGCUACUCUGCAGACGUCGCUCUGGUCAUCCUCGCCCGUGGUUUCAGCUGCUGCUCACCGUGGAGGAUGCGCUGCUGGUGCUAAGAUCGCUGCUCUGGAGGGUCCUGGACACCUCAGAAUGCACAGGGGCGCUCCCUGCAUUAGAGUAACUGGAGCCCACUUGCGUACAAGAAAAACCACACAGGCUGCUCCCCAGCUACGUCACUCGUCUCAGGUCCUCUGCCGGUUUAGUUAUAUCUGUGCAGCGCCCGUCUCACCCUGCCACUUCUUCCACCUUAACCCCGACCAUCGCAGCCAUCAUCAACAUCAACCGCCCAUGCAUUCUUACUCUCCAAUCGCCGUCUCUUUGCCCUGA